AUGAAUAUAGAUUACUCCAUAUGCAAUGCUAUUAAGCAUGCUGCCAAUGGAAUUGACAACUCCCUGGUAAUUUAUGAUGUGGGCUGCCAGUGGAAUCUCCACUUUGCAGAAUGCAUUAACAAUUGCUCUGGCUUGAGCCUCCCUGACAACACUGAGAUUGUUGCUGCAGUGGGAAAAUUUCAUCUCAGUGCUCAUAAGCUCCUAUGUUUUGCCAGAUAUAGCCUGAAUUUCAUUGUAGGAGCUGGGCAAGUUGAUGGGGAAAUUCUAGAGACCCUCUGGGCUCCCUUUAACAAGAUUUCUCCAACAGCACGUUCUAUGAGCCAAGCCCACCAUCAAGAAAUUCUAGAUGAUCAUAUGUGGAACUCAAAUUGGAAAAAACUUGUUGGGAUUGGUGAGUGGGUAUAUUUGGAAUAA